UGUUAAAGAGAAAACUUGUGUCGUUCAGUGUCGUGACUUUUUACGCUUAUAUUUGCAAUAAUAAUUGUUAAACAAUUAUAAAUUGUUAAUAAAUCGAUUAAUUAAAUUAUUCUGAACAAAUUGUGAUAUAAAUCAUUGCGAACUUUUGUGAAUUUUGUCCAAAAUUAAUGGACAUGUCAGAGCUCUUGGAGCUGACAAAGGCAGCUAUUAAUUUGUUAAAUAAUGGACAAAUAACAUAUUGUGCUAUAAAUUGUUGCUGACUUUUGUGAAAUUUGACAAAAAUAAAUGGACAUGUCAAUGGUGUUGAAGCUGACAAAGGAAAAUCUUUAUUUGGCAAAUAAUGGACAAAUGGUGACAUUAAUUGUGGCUAAAACAUCUUAUGUGCCAAUGUCAUUUAUUCAAUACAAUUGCUGUAACUGGGAGUAAAUAAAUGACGAAAGUGCUUUUUCAAUGAAGCCAAAAAUCAUUUUGGAGUAAAUGUCACAGAUAAAAUGAGCAUCGUCACCAUCAACAUGAUAUUUGAUGAUAUUAUGCUUCAAUAAUAACGAUCCAUGAUAAUGAAAAAUCAUCUCUCAGUUGUCUCCGUCUUUAGGUUUAAUUGAUUUUAUAAAAUAUGAAGUGUCAAUGAAUGCCCUAACAACUCAUAAAUUGUCUAACAAAAUUUUAUAAGCAAAGUUUAUCUAUCUUGAACUAAAAUAAUCAAUAGCAUUACACGAUGUUGUUAAUUUUAUGGUGCUUUGAUGUGCUCUAAUGUACCACGUGCUAUUGCAUCUGUGACAGUCAAAAGUGUUUUGGUAAGCUUGUGUUGGUACUUGUUGCUUACCAAUGUCCAAUAUACAUGAGAGCGUUGGUGCAUCAAGAACAAGCCGCCUCUGUCGAAGUGAAUGUUGAAAAUAUUCUCAGAGUGCAACAUGCUAUCGUUAGUUGAAAGGGAUUUCUUUUGAAAAUUGAUAAAACAUUUUCAAAUAAUAACAAUAAUCAAUUUAAAAAUAUGAUAAGUAUUUUAUGAACGAUACAAGUUAACAUUAUAGAUUUUUCCUGUUACAAGCGGUGUAAAAGCAAUGUCCAAAGCAAGUGAUAGUGGCAAACAAUCGAGAAAUAUAACAAGUACUUUAUAAACUAUGUAAGUUAAUAUACUGGAUUUUUUCCUGUUACAAGUGGUGUAAAAGUACUGUCCAAAGCUAUCUAUAGUAAUGGUGAAAAGAGCUUUGAAAAAAAAAUGUUAUCAAAAGUGGUGAUGAUUGUUUUGUGAUUGUGAAGUGCUUGUGAUCAUUGAACCUGUUGCUGAUCAUCGAGAAUCAUCAUGAACCACUUCAUGGCCUUGGAGUAUAUUGAUGAGCAGCGUUGGAAUAUAAACAUCCACUAAAAAAUCAACAGAUAUAAAAUCAACUUGCUAAAUUUACAAAGGACUACAAAAUAUUCUAAAGAUGAAAACAAGUCAACAACACAGUGAUACUGAUUAUUUAAUAAAUAGAAUCGAUUUGUUAACAAGAAGAAAUAUACAAUGAGCACGUACGUUAUUAUUUAUUAUGAUGAUGUAUCUCAGGACUCAAGUAAACUAAAACACAGCUGAGUAAAUUGAAGCUUAAUCAUCAGUGGAUCCAAGAUGACAUGAAUCAAGAGAUGACGCCAUGGCUGAUGGCAAUAUGUUGCCUGAUGAUGGCAGAUUGCAUGAACGUGACAGAUCAAGAAACUUCGGAGAGUCAACAUGAUCAAGUUGCGAUAUUAAAACAAAUUAGAAAAGUUAAUGAUGAUGGAAGCUACACAUUUGGCUAUGAAGCUGGAGAUGGAUCAUUCAAAGUUGAAACUCGCGAUGUACUUGGUAAUGUCAAAGGUACAUUUGGUUUUGUUGAUGCAAAUGGCGAAAUAAAACGGGUCACCUAUACUUCAUCAAAUGGAACGGGAUUUAAAGCAACAACACUCUCACCAUUACAGGAACAGGCAUCAGUUGUCCAGAGUAUACCACGUACAAAUAGAAGUACAACAAAAAAACCAACAAUUUUAUAUGCAACAUCAACAUCAACUGAAUCAUCAUCAUCAACAACAAUUGGUCCAAAAUCAAAUGUUGUACAGACAAUACCAAGAAUACGUAAAACAUCAACAACAUCAACAACAUCAUCAACGACAUCAACAACAACAACAACUGAAUCACCAAAACCAAUAUUUGGACAUUAUCUUAAAACAUCAAAAAAUCGUCCAAAAUUUUUCAUCAAUAAUCAACAAAAAAUAAUUACAGGAAGUUCAUCAUCAGAAGAAGAAAUAAUUAAUGAAGAUUCACAAUUAACAAGACCAAGUACUGAUGAAAAAAUUAAUUUACGUAAAAUUAUAUUUCCAAAAAGACCAAUUGAUCAAAGUCUUCGUCCAAUAACUGAAGAAUUUGAAGAAAAAGAAGAAGAGGAAGAAUUAAAAGCAACAACAGGUAAUGCAUUGAGACGUCAACUUCAUGAAGAUACAACAAAAAAUGAUAAUCAUGAAAUUAAUAAUGAUGAACAUUCAGAUGUAUAUGGAGGUGCAUUAUCAACAGCUCGUCCAUUAUUUACAACAAGUAGUUCACCAAAAAUAAUUCAACGUAUACGUUCUGAACGACCAAAAAUGCUUUAUCAAAUGUCAUCAUCUGUACCGGAUAAUAUUGGUCCAGCUCGUUUUGAUAAUACAAAAUAUGAGGCUGAAACAAAAACACCAGAAGAACGUGAAACAACACAACCAAUUGUUUAUCAAACUGUACCAUCAAGAUUGAAUGAUCGUGAUUAUGCUCGUCAAACAACAGAACAACCAGUAUAUGUUCGUCGAGAGCCAGAACAACAACUUCUUCGAGAUUUAUCAUCAGGUGUUGUUGUACAACCAACAAAUAUAGAUGAUGAAUAUCGAGCAGCACCAGUUGGUAGAUAUGUUUAUAGACCACAACCUCGCCCACCGGUAUAUCCAACAAGUGGUGAUUCAGGCAAUGUUCAGUAUUUAUCAGAAAAUCCAGCUGAGGAACCAGUUGAACCUUCUCCACCACGAGGUGUUCCACAGGCAUAUAUACGUCAAAGACCAUACGCACGACCAUACAAUGAACCUGAUCCAAGAUCUAGACCUGUAUUACGACCAAUUGGACCAAUGGAUGAACGUGAAUAUCCAGAGUAUUAUAGAAAUAUUGCUUUACCACCAGAAGCACCAAAUCCAAUUGCACCACCACUUAGUAGACGAGAUUUUCAAAUGCUUUUAAGACGUUUAUUAAUUACUCAAUAUGGCUUACAAGCUUUGGCUCAUCCAAGAAGUUAUCUUGAAGAUGCACUUUAUGAUGAACAACCAUAUACAAAUUAUCAAACAUCUGCAGUUAGACCAAAUGUUUUAGCAUAUGAGGGUGGAUUAAGAUACAAUGAUCGUACAAUACGUCCAAUUUUAUCGAGAAUUCCAAUUGGUAAUAUUGAUCCUGCUAUGUAUUCACAAAGAUAUUCAGAUGAUUAUCAAGAUCCAAGAUAUAUGAAAAGAGUUUAUCGACAAAAACUUUAUACACAAGAUAUGAAUGAAGAGACUGAGGGUGAUGGUGAUGAAAUUUUACCACCACCAAUACGUGAAGCACUAUUAUUGAGAAUGUUACAAUUGGCUAUUUCUACUGAUCGACCAUCAAUGAAUGCAAUUAAUCACAUACGAACAACAACAAUACCGACAUACAGAAAAUCACCAGUUAGAAAUGUACAAAUUAUUUCUGAUGAACAAGAUAAAGAAACAAUUAAAAAAUUAUAAAUAAAUGAUAUAUAAAUAUAAUAAGUUUUUAAUAAUUAAAAUUGGUUUUUUUCUUUAGCAAUUUUUAACUUUUUUUAAAAUUGAAAAAUAAUUAAUACUCAAAAAAAAAAAAAAAA